CACAUUUUUAUUCUACAAAAGUCCUGAUGACGCAAAGGUCCGCAUAGUAAAGGGGUAAAAGUUAGCAGUAGAACUACAGGAUUAAAGGAUUUUCUUGAAAGAUACAACUGCUGCCAGAUUAUCGAGAACUGCAAUCAUGGCGCCUAUUUUACUGAACAUUGGAAAUGAACACAGCAGUUACAUUCAACAGGUGGAGUAUGUGAAAAACCCUCACCUGGACAGCAUGGAAGAAGACAUACUCUACCACUUAAACCUUGGCACCAAGACCCAUGACCUGCCCCAAAUGUUUGGGGAUGUGAAGUUUGUUUGUGUUGGCGGAAGUCCCAAUCGGAUGAGAUCUUUUGCCCAGUUCAUCCAUGAGCAGCUGGAGCUGCCCGGAAACAUUGCAGACAUCAGAGAUAUCUGUGAGGGAACGGACCGAUACUCCAUGUAUAAAGUGGGACCUGUGCUGUCCAUUAGUCAUGGCAUGGGCGUUCCCUCCAUCUCCAUCAUGCUGCAUGAGCUCAUUAAAAUGCUCUAUCAUGCUCGUUGUCGUGAUGUCAUCAUCUUUCGCAUUGGCACGUCAGGUGGAGUUGGUCUGGCUGCAGGGACCGUAGUGAUCACAGAUAAAGCUGUGGACUCUUUCUUCAGGCCCCAGUUUGAGCAGGUGGUUUUGGGAAAGGUUAUUAUCAGGAGCACAGAGCUGGAUAAAGAUGUAGCCCAAGAGCUCCUGCAGUAUUCCUCAGAGCUUCCAGAUAUUCCUACUGUUAUUGGAAACACAAUGUGCACACAUGACUUCUACGAAGGUCAGGGGCGACUGGAUGGUGCCCUGUGCUCAUUUUCCACUGAAGAAAAAUUUGAAUAUCUCAGGAAAGCCAACGAGGCAGGCGUCAGGAACAUUGAGAUGGAAUCCACUGUCUUUGCUGCCAUGUGUCGUGUCUGCAAUCUUAAAGCUGCAGUGGUGUGUGUGACUCUGCUGAACAGGUUUGAGGGAGAUCAGAUUUCUUCACCUCAUGAUGCUCUUCUGGAAUAUCAGCAGAGACCGCAGCGCCUUGUGGUUCAUUUCAUCAAGAAACGUCUUGGACUCCUCUCAUAAAAUAUGUAAUUAAUUUCUAGAGUGUAAAUAAUACUGUUUAUAGUGUGUUUGUGUUAUUUAAAGGUGACAUUCACAUUCUCAAACCAUACUCAGCUGACUUCCUAACAUUUAAAACCAAUGAACACACCACUUUUAAUGUUGUAAGUAAUUUGUGUGUAUUAUAACUUGUAAAUCUAUUAUAUAUGAUUUAAAUUAUAUGUGUGGUAAACUUAUCGGCUUAUUGUAAAAAAUAAGCUAAUUAUUUAGCUUACAUUAUGUGAAGUUCAGGAAAUGAGUCAUGUGUACUUUAGCAACACUUUGAUACUGAUAAAAUGAAAAACUCAAAGCAACUGAUUGAUGUUGGAUAUGCAUAUUUUUUGUCUUUUUUUCUCUUUUCUUUGUUUCUAUGUCUCAAGUUUCUAGUGGUUUAGAGUCAUUGCUCAUAAACCUCGUGCGGCUCUUUAAACCAGUGAUGUGGGUCAUAGUCUUUCUGUUAUGGAGAGGUGGAUUAAUGAAUGAAUUAUCACUGAACUGUACUGACAAAUUAAACACAAUGUAAUAUUUAAAUCGAUUGCAGUACUUCAGUAUGUUAUUGUACAUAGGUACAUCUGAUUUAUGAUUUAGCAUUGUAUUAAUUAGUAUUGUAUUAAAAGAUAAGAGCAUCUUUAAA